AUGUCUGAUUCCGAAGUGUACACUGUCGGCUGGAUCUGUGCUAUUCCCGCGGAAUUCGCCGCCGCCCGCACAUUUCUUGAUGAAAAACAUUACCCCCCGAAAGCAGUCCAACAAAAUGAUAAUAACACCUAUGCUCUCGGAACUAUGGGGCUCACCACGUCGUCGUUGCUGUUAUGUCCAAGAAUGAACGUGAUCCGCAGCUUCCCUAAUUUCCGCAUCGUAUUGAUGGUUGGGUCAGGGGGUGGCGCACCAAGCAAACAACGCGAUAUGCAGCUCGGUGAUGUAGUUGUUGGAAGUCGCGAUGGUUGGGAAAGCGGCGUCAUACAAUAUGACUAUGGCAAGACGAUCCAAAACCAAGCGUUGGUCGAAAUUGGGGCUUUGACCCAGCCGCCACCAACGUUAUUGAACGCAGUCACUGGACUCGAGACCGAAUAA